AUGGACGCCAACGCGGGUGAAGCCUACGUGCUUGAUAUGCUCGACCUCUCAAGCUUGGACUACUCGCUGCAGUGGUCGCCAGAGGAGGCGGACCUCCUCUCGGCCCUCGCAACGACCACAGACGACGAGCCGCCACCGACCGCCAAGGCCAAGCAAAGCGAAGCGCUUCGGCGCCACCGGCAAAAGAAGCGCGAGGAACAGGCCGAGCUCAAGCGCGCGGCGAAAGAGCUCGAAGAGAAGCUGCAUCUAUUGCAGCAGACCAAGGCGCUGCGCGACAUUCUGCAGCCGCCACCAAGUGGCAGGCGCUAG